AGCAUGGCGAAUUCUUGGGAAGGCUGCAGGAGCUCCCGGAGGCGGGCAGUUCUGGAAAGGCCGAGCGCCAGCCCGCUGGGCUGCCUGAUUCCCAGCUGCCGCGGAGGGGCCUGCGCGGCCCCGCAGGGGCUGCGAGCUGCUGAUUGCGGGACAAACAAAAGGCAGCCGGCCUGAAGCGGGGCGGGGACGCACAGGUGCCUGAGCGGCCCCGCUGGGGAGUAAGGCAGGGAUGUCUUCUCCAAGAUCUUCCUCCAGGUCAAAGCGGACCAGCCAAUGCUUGAACCCUGGGAAUCAUGAGCCAUGCAGAGGAUGCAGAGCAUUUUCUGGAGCAAACGGACUCUCUGUGGAUGCUCUUCAGUCUCUUAUCGCUCCAAGAGGAGAGAAUGACUCUUAAAAUCGCCACUGGAGCUAGGAGGCUCGAAGGAGACAGAGCUUCACCCAGGUAUCCAGCAGAAGAAAGGCUGAACUCCCAGGAGCCUCCCCAAGCCCUUCCUGGACUGCUGGCGUCCCAGCUUCUUCUUCAUCCCGGAAUUUAGGAUUUGGCAUCCCCUGGAUUUAUUUCCUCUCCUUCAUCCCUCCUCACUCUCCUUUUAUGGCCCCGGGGAGGAGGAGAAAGAAAGGAGAUUGGUAUCUUUCUAAUAAAAAUGCAAUUUUAUAAGUACUUCUUUCAUUUGAUGCUGCAGGAGCUAAACAUUACAUUUCUACUCCUGGAUUGGAGAUAGGGCUGCCAGCUCACUGGCUGGCAGACCAAAAGCAGGCACAGGAAAGGGAAAUAUUUUUAUUUUUAUAUUAAAGAAUUGCUUGGAGAAGGAACCAAAUUCAGAAAGUGAAAACCUCAGGACUGUAUCCCCAUCAACAUUCCCUUUCUAAAUUGGAAGUGAGAAACCACCUGCGUCUCGGAUCAGAAGCAUCUGAUGUGAGAAAUAAAUCCUCCUUCUCCCUGGAUUGUAUCUUUCAGAGACGGAGAUGAAAAAUGUCGCCAUUUUGUUUGCAAUCCAAAAUAUCCAUCAUCAUGGCCUCUAUCUUUCCCCUGAGAAGCUCCCUCAGAUGAUCUUUAGAAAUAGGCCCUGGAGCCAUUUUGGGGUAUCUCCUGGGUCCACAGAAGCUGCUUUAAGGGGACCUACUCACAUUUUAAGAAAAAGAAAAAUGCUCGGAAGAUGCAAAGCCAGGGAGCUGUAGAGAUCUGGGUGUUUCUCUCACAGCCAGAGAUGCUUCUCCCACAUCUGUCUGGAGCUCUUGAGACACAUACAUGUUUUUCUGGAUUUUUAAAGAGCUUGGGUUAUGGAAGGAAUAGAUUUGCUCCCCACCCCACCCCAACCUCCCUGCCAAAAUAUGGCGCACCUCAGAAAUGCAGAGGCUGGAAAUCCAGUCUUUGUGAGGACUGGAGCUUCCGCUGUUUUGGGUUGUUCAGAUCUGAACUGAACAGGCUAAGCAACCACAGAAGUCUUUCUAUGAGUAAUAAUUUUACAGACAUAUAUAAAAUUACCUGGCAAAAUAAGGAACAGCGGAGAUAGAGUGUGAGGGAGAGAGAGAGAGAGAGAGAGAGAGAACGAGCUAGCCAGCGCUAUCCGUUCACAGAGGAAAAUCUUUCGGAGACACCACUGUUUGAACCCAUUUCUAAAAUCUACCGUUUAGCUGAGAGGCGACUGGUUUGGAGGCAUCCUCCUUCCCUCAGGGCACGGAUUUUUAAAUGAGAUUCCAGUAUGAUUUCCCAUAUCUUAGCAGUCAAAACAUUCAUUUUAGGUUUCAAAGAAAAAAAAUAUUGAUCUCACCUUCAGCUUCUAAGAUAUUAAAAAUAAGUCCUUAUUGAAAUAUUCCUGAGUUAAAGUAAUAGAUUUGGGGAAGAUUUCAGUGUUGAAUGGUCAAAGAAAAGGGUUUGCUUCCAGAUGGUAUUUGAAUUAAGGCCGCUGAGGCGAGCAGAAAGCUCUCACCCACGCAGCCCCUGACAAAGCCUCAGCGAUAUGGGGGCAGCGCUGUUCCCUCUCCUUAACUCCCCCUCCCCUCAACCCCUCAAUAUUAUUUCUGUAACAACAAAUGCCAAAGCCACUAUCCCAGAAUGUGCAAAAGCACCUUUCCUAAAAGCCGCCUUAUAACUCUUCCUGCUGCCAAAAAGAUCUUUAAAAAGACUAGUUUUCCUUGUUUACUUGCGUUUCCUGCUCUCCUCUUUGCUCGGCCACAUUUGAUCUUGGAAAGAGCUCGAAGCUGAAAUGUGUUCUUAAGGGCCAGAAGCUGUCAAGGCUUUUGGUGAGCAAGAUUGAUCGCACCCAGACUUCCUUCAGAGCUUUGUUUGGAAUAAAAGCAAGAAAACUGAAAAACCUCACAUUUUCCAAAAUAGCAUCUCUAUCUGUAAGGCGAUGCUCUGGGCUAGUCAAUGAUGGAGGCCACUUUAUAUCUAAUUUCUACCCAAGCCCCCUUUGAUGCCGGCCUCAGAAAUGGAGUCCUAGCCUUGUGCCGCGGUUGGCCUUUCUUGUUUUCCGCGUAGAUUUCUUUCCCCCACCAACCUCUCUCUCCCUGGCCAUCAGAAUGAUUUAUUUUCCUGCCACGGAUGCCUGCCGGCCUGGGGGAGUCUGAUCACUUGGUCCAUUUCAAAGGAAGCAAAAGCGAAUCUUCAUCCUCAGGGUCUGAGGGAAAAGAGAUACCUUCAGAUUUCUCUCUCAGCCUCUUCCCCUCUUUCUGGCUCGGUGGAUUUUUAAAAAGUUAUUGUUUGGUACCCAAAGGUGUUAUCUUUUGAAACCUCCAGCACAGUCCAAGAUGCCCUCAGUCUCAAGUCUCCGAAUUGGAAAAAAAGAAAGCGUGAAUAGAGAAUAGAGAACCUUUAUAAUUCCUCCUGAGGUUGCCCUCUCUCACCUGCGGUACUGUUUCCCGCAGCAGAACCUGAGUGCAAACAUCCCAGGUGGCCAAGGAGCAGAAAGGUGCAGGAGACAAUCUGGGAUGCCAGGGAGCACGUUUUGCAUCUGAACCCAGAAGCCCACAAUCAGAGCUACAAGGACCAGGAGAAGAAGGAGAGAAAAAGAAAAAGAGAGAGAGAGAGAGAGAAAGGAACAAGCGCCUUCUCCCUCCCUGCUGCUAACUUCCAACAGACUUCCUGGAAAUCAGAAAUACUCACCGCACCCGAGCCCUACGGGUAUGAAACCCAGAAUGCCAGGAGCCGCAGGAGCCUGCUCCAGGUGGCACUGCUUUGGGUGGCCGCCGCCCUGGCUACAGGGAUUUGGACACAUGGACCUGGGGUUGUUGUCUUGCUUGGCACAUGCAUCUAUCUUUCUCGAGCCACUCUUGAAAAGUUGAUGGCACAGGAAGGCUGGGAAGCUUCGAGAGCCGCCUCCCGUCUUCCGCUUCCCUCUGGAGCCAGAUGCAUAGCUGCCGUGGAAAAGCCGGCUAACAAUGGGCCAGGGUCCGGGUCCGAGGGCGCGGACUCCGAGCUGGGCUUUGGAGGGGGGGUGGUGAGGGCAUGCGGGAGGGGUUUGGGGAAGGAGAGAUGGAUAGAAGUGAGAGGGAAGAGGAGAGGGGAGAAGAGGGAAAAAGAAGAAAAGAGGGAAAGACGGAGAGGAAGGAAAACAGAUCACUUCCGAGAUCCAGAAACUGGUUUUAGAAAAGGCGGAGGAGGAAAAGGAAAUAAAAGAGGGGAGACCCCCAAAAUGAACCCUCUCUUUUCUGUGUCUCCUCUCUCUUCUCUCUCUCUCUCUCUCUUCCCUCUCCUUCUCUCCCUCCCUCCCUCCCUCCUUCCCUCUUCCCUCUCUCUUUCUUCUCCCGGUCUCAUCUCCCCUCUCCCUCUGCUCCUUCCUCCUGCCUUAGCAGAACUUAUGUGGCUGGGAUGCGGGGCUCUCGGGUGUCAAAACUUUGAAGAUUAAUGGAUUACUUUGUUAAUGACUGCAGGCGUCAGACUGAGGUGCUUAAAUGAUUUGUGAGGUGCGAGGCGUCUUCCCGACAGUCCCAAACAAUGCGCGGAGUGUGCGGGGGAGGCAGAGGGCGGCCGCCGGCGGGCCCGGCAGCAGGGCUCACACUCGCACACACUCACACUCCACACACUACCAGACGCACACACCAGAUCUGUGCUAAUCAGGAGGCAGGAAGGCACCCUCGCCCCCACGCACUCCCGGGCAUCCCCACCCACACCCACAUAUAUGUAUUUUUGCCCUGAAAAAAGUGUAAAUAAAGCCUCGCUGGCCCCCAAUGAGGCGUUCCUUCCCGACUUUUUUGGAUCAAUCAAACAGACAGUGGCUUCUUUUGAUUAAAGCCCAAAUUGUCAUUGGGCAGAAGCAAUCAUGUGACAGCCAAUUCGGUCCAAUUUCAACCUUGUCUCCAUGAAUUCAAUAGUUUAAUAGUAGCGCGGUCCCCAUACGGCUGUAAUCAGUGAAUUAGAAAAAAAACACCCCAGCAGCGAUCUUCUAUGAUAGAUUUUUUUUUUCCCUCUGCUCUCGCCUUUUUCCUGGGCCUUGCCCCCCCAAAGCCCCUCCAGAAGAGGGAACUUUUUCUCCGAGGGGGCUCCAAGGAGAAGGCCAUGAAUUACGAAUUUGAGCGAGAGAUUGGUUUUAUCAAUAGCCAGCCGUCGCUCGCUGAGUGCCUGACAUCUUUUCCCCCUGUCGCUGAUACAUUUCAAAGUUCAUCAAUCAAGACCUCGACGCUUUCACACUCGACACUGAUUCCUCCUCCUUUUGAGCAGACCAUUCCCAGCCUGAACCCGGGCAGUCACCCUCGCCACGGCGCUGGCGGCCGCCCCAAGCCGAGCCCCGCGGGCAGCCGCGGCAGCCCAGUGCCCGCCGGCGCCCUGCAGCCGCCCGAGUACCCCUGGAUGAAGGAGAAGAAGGCGGCCAAGAAAACCGCGCUGCCGCCCGCCUCUGCCGCCGCCGCCGCCGCCGCCGCCACCGGCCCUGCCUGCCUCAGCCACAAAGAAUCCCUGGAAAUCGCCGAUGGCAGCGGCGGGGGCUCGAGGCGCCUGAGAACUGCUUACACCAACACGCAGCUUUUAGAGCUGGAAAAAGAAUUUCAUUUCAACAAGUACCUUUGCAGACCCCGAAGGGUGGAAAUUGCAGCACUGCUGGAUUUGACUGAGAGACAAGUGAAAGUGUGGUUUCAGAACCGGAGGAUGAAGCACAAGAGGCAGACCCAGUGCAAGGAGAACCAAAACAGCGAAGGGAAAUUUAAAAGCCUGGAAGACUCUGAGAAAGUGGAGGAGGACGAGGAGGAGAAGUCGCUCUUUGAGCAAGCCCUCAGCGUCUCCGGGGCCCUUCUGGAGAGGGAAGGUUACACUUUUCAGCAAAAUGCCCUCUCUCAGCAGCAGGCUCCCAAUGGACACAAUGGCGACUCCCAAAGUUUCCCAGUUUCGCCUCUAACCAGCAAUGAGAAAAAUCUGAAACAUUUUCAGCACCAGUCACCCACUGUUUCUAACUGCUUGUCAACAAUGGGCCAGAACUGUGGCUCUGGCCUAAACAAUGACAGUCCCGAGGCCCUCGAGGUCCCCUCUUUGCAGGACUUUAACGUUUUUUCCACAGAUUCCUGCCUGCAGCUUUCAGAUGCUGUCUCGCCCAGUUUGCCAGGUUCCCUGGACAGUCCCGUAGAUAUUUCAGCUGACAGCUUUGACUUUUUUACAGACACACUCACCACAAUCGACUUGCAGCAUCUGAAUUACUAAAAACAUUAAAGCAAAACAAAGCAUCACAAAACAAAAACCCCUUUGACCAGGUGGUUUGGCCUUCUUUUAUUCCGAGAGAGUUGAUUUUUAUUUUCUUUUCUUCUUGACCUACCCUCUCUGUCCUCUAAAUGUGGAAGAUUUUCUGUUUAGUGAGUCUCCUGGUCCAGUUUCAGAGCCAUCUUUUACAGAUUAUUUUGGAGUUUUAGUUGUUCUAAAUUGAAUCCAACUACCCUCUAUGUGAUUUUCUGAAAGCAAUAUAUGAGGCCUGCAAGAAAGUGAUCAUAUAAUUGUAUCUUCACUUUCUUUUUAUUUUUGUAUUACCUUAGGAUGCAUUGUCAUGAGUAUUUUUGGUAGAAUAAAUUCUCCUUUGCUAUAAGUAGCUUUCUUAUUUUUUUUCUCCCCCCCCUCUUUCUCAAGGCUCAUAACGGUUUCUUUUUCCUCCUUUAGUCUAACUUGGUAAAUAAAAUUCUGGUCACAAUUCAUCUUCUUUUUUCAAUUUUAAUAUAUUUAUUAAGGGGGCAUGUUCAAAGUCUUCAAUAGACACCAACGAAAAGAAAGCCAGAAAAUGGUUAGGACUUCCAAGAAGUAUUUUUCUUUUUCUUUUUUUUUCUUUCUUUUUAAAGGGAAUGGAUUUGGUUUUUUAGUGUAGAGGUUCAAGCCAUAGAUUUAAAUUGGUAAUAGAAGCGGGAUUGGGCAGCCUCAGAGUUGGGCCAAGCCCAAGCCUUUGAAAGUGGAGAAAUAAAGUGCCUACAGAAACCCCAACUCCAGGAAGGAGAAACAUGGAGUUUCUUUAACAAGCUACCAGUCUUCAGGUCAAUAACUAAGUUAUCAACAAUUCAUUUAUUUAUACACAUUUGUUUCAAACAUCUACAUUCCAACCCCUCCCCCACAAUCCCGGAAACAUUUUCAGUGUGUUUGAUUAGUCUCCCAGCUGCUGAUGGGUCCAGGCAAACAGACCUAAAAGGUAGAGAAAAACAAAAACAAAACAAAACAAUGGUUACUGGCUGGAAAAUGCACUUCAGAAAGGGUUCUUUCCAAUCCUCUGGUUCAGUCAUUCUAGGAUUCUUUUUUCAGGGAUAGAAAAAUCAAUAUUUCAUUCUUAAAUCUGUUUACAUGACAAAUAAUGGAUCAUUAAAGCUGUGAAGUCAGGUUACCAAGUUGAGAUUUAAAAUGGAGAGUUUCUGCGCCCCAGGUUAUAAAUUAACCCAGUUUCUAGAGAGAGAAGGAGAAAAAGCACUUUAAAUGAAAUAUCAAUAAAAUGUGAUCUAGGGCACGUUA